AUGAACCUGAAACCUCUACUGUAAGCGCCUCUUUCACCGCUGCACCACUUCACCUGUCGUCCAUCCGUUGUGUCUUUCAUCCUGUUGGAGGCCCCCGGUCAAACCUUCUGCUCGGCAGGUGCCUGGACGUCCCAACAGAGAGGACGAGGGCCUGGAUUGACUUCAUCUGAGUCGGAAACAAAGAGAGGAUUGGAAUUUGUAGUUUUUUUUUUACCCUCUCUUUUCCUUUGGGCCCUGUUCCUGUAUCUAUAUGCAUGCAGGACUUACACAGGAAAUCCCAUUUUCUGUUUAAGGUGUGAAAUAUGGAAGACCUGAGCUAAAGAUGGCAUCGGUAGCAUCAUAUUUUGGCCAAUUGUGUGGGAACGCGCAAAAGAAAGAGGAGGAGAGACUUUUUCGGGCUAAUGACAGACCUUUUAACCUCUCCUACCGCUAUGCUAACAACGCCAUCAAGACCUCCAAAUACAACAUUUUCACCUUCCUGCCACUUAACCUCUUUGAGCAGUUCCGGAGGCUCGCCAAUGCCUACUUCAUCUUCCUCAUGGUCCUUCAGGGAAUCCCACAAAUCUCCUCUCUCUCCUGGUUCACCACGGCCAUCCCUCUGAUUUUUGUGCUGUCUAUAACAGCACUCAAAGACGCCAGCGACGACAUAAACAGGCACAAAAGCGACAAGCAAGUGAAUAACCGCAAGGUGAAAGUCCUCAUCGAUGGAGAACUGAGAAGUGAAAAAUGGCUGAAUGUUCAGGUUGGGGACAUAAUCAGACUGGAGAAUAAUCAGUUUGUCACAGCAGACCUUAUGUUGCUUUCCAGCAGUGAGCCUCUUAACCUGGUCUACGUAGAAACGGCUGAAUUAGAUGGUGAAACCAAUCUAAAGGUGAAACAGGCCCUGACUGUAACUGGAGAAAGGGGAGACAGCAUCGAUGCACUGGCUGGCUUCAAUGGCGAAGUGCGAUGUGAGCCUCCCAACAACCGUCUCGACAAGUUCAAAGGUACCCUGACCCUGGACGGACAAACCUACUCUUUGGACAACGAUAAGGUGCUGCUCCGAGGAUGUACUCUGAGGAACACUGAGUGGUGCUUUGGUCUGGUUAUCUUCGGAGGUCCUGACACCAAGCUGAUGCAGAACAGUGGGAAGACAACAUUCAAACGGACGAGCAUUGAUCACCUGAUGAAUGUCCUGGUGUUGUAUAUCUUUGGUUUACUGGCAUCUAUGUGCACCGUUCUGGCCAUUGGCAAUGGAAUCUGGGAGGUGAGGGAGGGCUCAGUGUUCACAGCCUUCCUCCCUCGAGAACAAGGGGCUGACGCCGCCCUCUCAUCCUUCCUCUCCUUCUGGUCCUACGUCAUCAUCCUCAACACGCUGGUGCCCAUUUCUCUCUACGUCAGCGUGGAGAUCAUCCGUCUGGGGAACAGCUUCUUCAUAGGCUGGGACAGGAAGAUGUAUUACCCCAAGAAUGACACUCCUGCCCAGGCAAGGACCACCACGCUCAACGAGGAGCUGGGCCAAAUCAAAUACAUAUUCAGCGACAAGACCGGCACCCUGACACAGAACGUCAUGACGUUCAACAAGUGCUCCAUCAAUGGGAAAGCUUACGGGGAGCUGUUUGACUUUUCUGGUCAAAGAGUGGAAAUAACAGAGAAGACAGCGAGAGUGGACUUCUCCUGGAACCAGUUGGCUGAUCCAAAGUUCAUCUUUCACGACCACAGUCUGUUGGAGACGGUUAGGGAGGGAAACCUGGAGGCUCAGGCCUUCUUCCGCUUGCUGGCUCUCUGCCACACUGUCAUGCCUGAGGAAAAGAAAGAGGGGGAGCUCUACUAUCAGGCUCAGUCUCCCGAUGAGGGCGCUCUGGUGACCGCAGCGAGAAACUUUGGGUUUGUGUUCCGCUCACGUACACCAGAGACCAUCACAGCCAUGGAGAUGGGCAGAACAGUCACCUAUGAACUUCUGGCUGUUCUCGACUUCAAUAAUGUGCGCAAGAGAAUGUCAGUCAUAGUACGUAACCCCGAAGGCAAGUUGACGCUGUAUUGCAAAGGAGCAGACACCAUCAUCUUUGAGAGACUGCACCCAUCCUGUAACAAACUGAAGGAAGUUACCAUCGGACACCUCAACGAGUAUGCAGGCGACGGCCUCCGUACACUGGCCCUGGCCUACAAGGACUUGGAUGACAGCUACAUGGAUGAGUGGAGACAGCGCCACCACCAGGCCAGCACCGCCAUGGAGGGCCGAGAAGAGAGACUUGAUGAACUGUAUGAAGAGAUAGAGAAAGACUUGCUGCUGUUGGGAGCGACAGCUGUGGAGGACAAGCUGCAGGACGGUGUGCCACAGACCAUUGAGCAACUGGCUAAAGCUGACAUCAAAAUCUGGGUGUUAACUGGGGAUAAACAGGAGACCGCAGAGAACAUUGGCUAUUCCUGCAACAUGCUGAGGGAGGAGAUGAAGGAGAUUUUUGUUGUGGCAGCCAAUACGGCUGAAGAGGUCAAAGAGGAGCUACAGAAUGCAAGAAGGAAAAUGUGUCCAGAAGCUGCAGAGGAGCCAUCUGUAAUCAAGGCUCGCGCUGGCCUGUUUUGGCUUCAGAAGACCGAGACAGUACACGAUGAGAAGGUGGAUGGAGAUUAUGGCCUAAUAAUAAAUGGACACAGUCUGGCCUUUGCACUGGAGAAGGAGCUGCAUCUGGAGCUGCUUAGGACUGCAUGUAUGUGUCAGACAGUGAUUUGCUGCAGAGUCACCCCGCUGCAGAAGGCCCAGGUGGUUCAGCUGGUCAAGAAGUACAAGCAGGCCGUCACUCUGGCCAUUGGGGACGGGGCCAACGAUGUCAGCAUGAUCAAGGCUGCUCACAUCGGUGUAGGUAUCAGCGGUCAGGAGGGCAUGCAGGCCGUUCUCUCCAGCGACUACUCCUUCGCCCAGUUCCGUUACCUUCAGCGCCUCCUGCUGGUGCACGGCCGCUGGUCCUACCUACGCAUGUGCAAGUUCCUCCAAUAUUUCUUUUACAAGAACUUCACCUUCACCUUUGUGCAUUUCUGGUACGGCUUCUUCUGCGGCUUCUCUGCACAGACUGUGUAUGACGAGUGGUUCAUCACCUUGUACAACAUGGUUUACACAGCUCUUCCUGUCCUCGGCAUGAGCAUCUUUGACCAGGAUGUGAAUGACCGCUGGAGUUUCCAGUAUCCUCAGCUCUACACUCCGGGCCAGCUGAACCUGUACUUCAGCAAGAAAGCCUUUGUGGUCUGUAUGAUGCACAGCUGCUACAGCUCCCUCAUCCUCUUCUUCAUCCCGUGGGCCGCCAUGCACGACACGGUCCGAGAUGACGGCAAAGACCUGGCCGACUAUCAGUCCUUUGCUUUAUUGGCACAGACCUGUCUGCUGAUUGUGAUGAACAUACAGCUAUGUCUGGACACCUAUUACUGGACAGCGGUGAACCAGUUUUUUGUAUGGGGCAGCCUGGCCGCUUACUUCGCUAUCACAUUAACCAUGUACAGCAAUGGCAUGUUUCUCAUCUUCACCUCCUCUUUUCCCUUCAUCGGCACGGCAAGAAACUCUCUGAACCAGCCUAACGUGUGGCUCACCAUAUUCCUGACUUCCCUCCUCUGUAUCCUGCCUGUGGUGGCUUCCCGCUUCGCUUUCAUUCAGCUUCGGCCCACCAUCAACGACAAGGUGAGACAGAAGGUGCGGAAGGAGGCGCUGCCAGCUCCUGCACCUCGCCGUCCACCUGCCAGGCGUAUCAGCACCCGCCGGUCUGGCUACGCCUUCUCCCACGCCCAGGGCUACGGUGAUCUGGUGACAUCCCGGAGGUUCCUGCUGAAACUACCCCUGAGGAGUCGACCGGCGCUGUUUACACAAACAGACUCGCCACUGGCUCAGAAUCAGCCACAGCUCUACCGCACCAUUGCAGAGGUGGCGGAAGAGUCACAGAGCCCUUAGACAGGAAGUGUAACUGUGGCACAGUGCGCGGAGCCAGGAGACCCUGUUUUUAUUUUGGAGCAAAGGGUAAAGUUCACCAUCUGGAAAGUUUCCAGGUCAAACCUUAACACCUGAAAACUGAGUCUGACUUGAACUCAAGGUUUUUUUCUAAUGGAUGUUAAUGUCACUGUGAAAAUGGGAUCACGACUUGGCAGCACGUCGAUUUUAAAA